AUGCCGCCCCGGAAUUGGACAGUUGAGACAGGCUCAUCGCUGAUCUCCAUCGGCUCUCACCGUCUAUGGGUCUCUGUCUCUGGGCCACCGCGUAAUAACCCGGAGGCUCCGCUGGUAGUCGUUAUCGCAGGAGCUGGCGAUGUCGCGUCUUCAUACACAGCCCUCUCACCGCUGGUUUCUUCGUCAUCUCGUAUCCUGCUCUAUGAUCGCUCCGGUCUUGGCCGUAGUGAGUCGAGCCCUUGUCCUAGUACUAGUCCUACUAGUCCUACUCCUUCCUCGGAUUCCCCGGAUCACCAUUCCCCACAGAUAUCACGAUCGAGAUCGCCGGCCGUUACGGCCGCAGAAGAACUACACAGCCUUCUUGAAACAAUGCGGCUAGAGCCUCCGCUCGUUCUGCUUGCUCACUCAUACGGGGCGAUCAUUGCGCGCGAGUAUCUCCACCUCUACGACCGUGACGUCGCGGGACUGGUCCUUGCCGAUGGCUCCACCGAGCGCCAGUGUGACUAUUUGCGUCUCCCAGACCCCGAUAUCGAUGCCGUAUUGGGCGAUCUCAGGGUGGCGCAGGUGACGGGGCUUCGGACAGAAGCGAGACUUUCGCGCGAUGAGUGGAGGGAACGAGCGAUUGAUAUUUCGCGCGGGGCUGUCGCUGCCCAGGUGGAGGCUAAUUCCCAUACGCUGAAUGUAGUUUGUCGCACGCUUGGGGCUAAGAGACAGUUUCAGAAUCGGGCGAUGCGGGAUCGGCCGGUGAGUGUGAUUCGCUGUAGUAUACAGGACUUUGAGCGCAUCUACGAGGCGGGAAUUGAGGCGGGCAAUGGGACGAUAGAACAGAGACAGGCGUUUCGAAGGCUGCUGGAUCGAUUGCCGGUGAUUGACCAGGAUGCUAAAGAAGAGCAGCUUCAGCUCUCGUCUAACACGCAUCUUGUUUAUCUGUCGGGGUGUGGCCACAAUGUUCAUUUGACACGCCCGGACGUGGUGGCGGCAGAAAUCCAGUGGGUGCUGGAGCAUAUUGACCAGUGGCAGGGUCUCGAGCGGGACGAGCUGAAGCUUUGA